AAUUCUUCUUCUCCAUCAAUUCUUCAAAGUCGACAGCUCCUGGUUUUGCUGGACAAAUCCUAGAGCGACUAUCAUGUCAUAUUCUCUUUAAUGCACUGAAUUAAUAUCAUUGGAUCAACCUAGUUGGAACAGUUACAAUGGGCUCCGAACCCACCCUUCCUAUACCGAUUUCAUAUAUAUCCGGUAGCUACUUGAUUUUCUCAAUUGAUGCAGUUACAUAUUUGAGACGCGAGCACCACAUCUGCGGUGUUCUGGUCGGUACUCUGCCGCAGAUCCCUCAGCAAAAUGUCUUCUUGAGUCUGCCAUUGGAGCUGAUGCCGGAAGAGGCGAGGCUGCUGGUGGAAAAGGGUGUAGCGUGCAUCGUAGAUGAGGCAAAGGCCCAUAAGGAUGGCAUGGCAUCUCUCAUGGAGGAGGAUCGAAAAAGAUACCUUCAAGACUUAGAAGCCCAAGGACUCCAAGCCAUGCGUCUCCAAAAUAGUCGAAGGGAGCAGAAGCGAGAGGAAGUCUUAAAGACAUUAGAUGAAAAGAAGGCCGCCAAGGCGAAGAAGGCUGCUCCGAAAGAUACUGCCGAGGAUGACACCAAGGAAGUCCCAGGUCUUGAACUCUUCGCAGGCGACCAGAAACCAGAAGCUAGCAAGCCAUCCUCGCGUGCCCCGCCAGUAUCAUCUGAAGUCGCAAUGGGCGUUACUCCCGCUACUUCCUACCCUCCACUCCCCGCUCAGCCGUCUUCUCAGCAGCUGUUGCCGCUCCCUAAAGUGCAGUCUUCCUAUCCAUUAUUCGCUCAUCUUCACUCGCAAGGUUACUUCUUGUCACCUGGCCUGCGGUUUGGAUGUCAGUAUAUGGCAUAUCCUGGCGAUCCUCUACGGUUUCACUCUCAUUUCCUGGUUGUCUCUGCCGAAUGGGAUGAACCAAUCGAUCUGAUGAAUAUCAUUGUCGGAGGUCGUCUAGGCACCGGUGUGAAGAAGGGAUUCCUCAUCGGCGGAGCUGAGAAGGAGGCCGAAGAAUCCGAGGCCAAGGGCAACGACAGCGUCAGGACGUUCAGCGUCGAGUGGGCGGGAAUGUGAAAUAUGAGUCCCAUGCUCAUCCAGCUGAUUAUUCAACUCCUAUCAUCAUGCUGUUGCUCCCAUCGAGUGUUUACGUCUUCGGAUUGCAGCGACAUCUGUGGUUCUGGUGCCUCUGCUGUCUCAACCGACCUGUGCCAAACAAGUGGGAUACUUGUCAGGUACUAUCCACCUGAUCAACUGACAUGCCAGAACGCGCAUCGCUUCGGCUUACACUACUUGGUGAACAAGCACUGUGGAAGCCUGCCUCAUGCAAAGUAUGAGCUUGGGGUGAAGCACAAAAUGCCAGCACUCAUUGCAGAGGGACGAUGUAUUCUAGCGUAAGAGCAGAACUACAUUGUCAGAGAUGAUUUAUAGCGGGUUCCAAAGGAAUGUCUGUAGACAUUCAGGAUCUAAGCCUUAUGUAUUACCAUGCAUUUUCGCAAAAAGAAUUUCAUAAAAUCAAAAAUCAUUUACAUCAGC